UCUAAUUGACAUCACAAACUUGUUGAAACCUGUCGUUGUUCUCCAAUUCCAUUGUGCUGUGCAGUGUGCUCCCUUUGUGUCUGUGCUUAAUUUUUUACUUAUCAAUUCCUUAUCAAAACCUAUGGUGAGUUUCUGCUCAAAUUUAAGCAAUUCCAGUUUACGAAGUGCCAUUGGUUAACUCCAAUCCAUGUCCUGAACUCUGUUCUGCUUCCUUCAGGGACCUCUGCUCUUGGGUCUAGCUCUUUUUAGUUCAACCCUAAAUAUUUCACAUCAAUCAACAUGGUAAACCAGUCGAUCGAGAAAAACAUUCUAGAAUUGAAAAUGGGAACCCACCAUCUGGAGGAUCUCAUCCAACGACUUCAUGCAAAUAAUGUCUUGGACACAGAGACUGUUAAUUCACUUGCUGCAGCAAGAGAUGACGAGUGUAAGAUCGAUCAGCUUUACGAGCAUUUGCUGCUCACACCAGAUGAUAUGACUCCAUUAAUUUUCACAAGUUUUGCGGAAACCCGUAACAGUCAUCUUCAGGCCAUUGUCGAAGCACAUGAAACAGUCGAAUUAGUUGGUGACCUACCUGUUCAUUACCAUGAGACGGACAAAGAUGCAAGGAAAGCGUUCCAUCAUAACAAGAAAAACAAGAAGAACAUUGACACUGUAGACUCCUCUCCAAUGCUGAAGGCCUCCAGCACCGUCCGGUUAGCCAGAGAGCGACUAGAUUUAAAUCCACCACGCCCUUGGCAGGCGUACAAAAUGGGAUCAAAGCCCAAAGGUUAUGCUCUCAUAAUAAAUAUCCAGAAGUUCCCCAAUUUCCCGGACGAGAAUCGAGCGGGAUCUGAAGUUGACCUAAGGCGAUUGCAGAAACUCUUCACAGAACUUGGAUAUGAAGUUGAAACUCAUGUUGAUCUGAAAGGCCAUGAAAUACUACAAGUCGUAGAAAAGUUUGCAAAAGAAGAAAAACAUGCUGUGGUGGACUCAUGUUUGGUAUUCAUUAUGUCUCAUGGUGACACACGUGAAGAAGGAAAAUACAUGGAGAUACAAGGCUCAGAUAAAAUUAGUGUCAGCUCGCUGAGACUCAUAAACUGUUUUGUGUACCCUCAAAGUACAGUCUUUGGGACAGACAAACCAAUUCUCUUCUUUUUCCAGGCCUGCAGAAUGACUAAGGAAGCAAGCCGUUCUCUAGCAGAUAUGAUUAUAUGUUGCUGUAAGCAGGAGCCGAACACUUAUAUAUUUGUUAAAAGAGGCCAAAGUAAAGACUUCGGACAGCCAAUUCAGUCGUCCGGAAAUGUUCUUAGAAAAAUGAAAUUAUCAACCACAGACUCAAUGCAUCAGCGUGGAGGAUCAGAAGCCCCAAAAACUGUGCCGGAAAAAGGCAGGAAGUAUGAUCACAUGCUGAUUGUGAAUGCUUGUGUACCCGGUUACGUAUCAAUUAGAUAUAUUGAAAGUGGAGCAUGGUUUGUCGAUUGCUUGGUGAGAGUCUUCCAAGAACAUGCAUGGGAAUUUGACAUUGACACCAUGCUUUCAAUGGUUGACUCAAAGAUCCGUGGCAUUGUCUCUGAUCAGCAUGGAAUGCAAACUACCACAAUCGAAAAGUGGGGUUUCACCAAGAAAUUCUACUUCAACCCAGGUCUUUAUGACGAGGAAGGGACCUUGAAUGGCUUCACCGUGGAAUUUGCCAGCCCAGUCGGUGAUGUGGCUGAGGGCUCGAAAGGUGAUGAUGUUGGAGACGGUAUGGACGAAGCAGCCGCUCGUUUGUCCGAUAUUGCUAUUGCAAUGCCUCCCAGUGAAUCUCCAAAUGAGCGGCAGUGGCAUUCAACUCCUUUGUGACUAGCAGGGGCAUUAAGCACUGUCUUCAUCUUCUGUCUCAUUUUCUUUCUGUUACUCUGAAACUGCAGCCAAGCCAGACAAUUGUGAAUUUUGAGAAAUUGUGGCAACAGGUAGUGGUGAAACAAAGAAAAGAUGUAUCUUAAUUUGCGACGCUGUGAAUCUCAGCUGAUCAAUGAUGGUUCUGUAAUAGCUUUGUAAAAUUAUUUUUUGAAACUAUUCUGGAUUUCUCUCGUCUGUACAAAGAAUGUAUUUUGUGAUUGAAGCAGUGAAGUUGUGUCUUACUCCUCUGUAACACGAGAUAGCUGAUAUUCUUCAACGCUGCAGUUAAAUUACUUCUUUUUCUAGUUUCACCAUGUAUUUUAUCUCAAAAAGCAAAUACAAGGGUCGCAAGAAACUUAUUUUGCUCAAGAAUCUUAUGAAUUGACUGCCCAUUUGCAUUUAUUAGUUACAUCUUGCAGGGAUUAUCCUCAAAAUUAGUCUUUGAGUUUUUACCUGGAACUGCCGCUGAGAUCUGUAAAGCCCUGUUUUUUAAUUUUAAUUUGAAAGUGAAUCCAUUUCAGCUUACAAGGAAUGCAAAGGCAUGUUAAGUAUUGUUUUAUCAUGAUGGAGAACCCUUUGUAUUAACACCCAAAAUCCCCCCCCCCCCCC